AUGGCCGCCACCGCCAUCCUCCUCCGCACCCACCACCACCCCUGCAAGCUGCCGUCGCCGCCGCCCGCGCCGCGCGCGUCCGUAAUCUGCCGCGCCGCGGCGGGGACGGCGGGGCCGGCGUCAGCCGCGGCGCUGCGGUCCCUGGCCCCGCCCACGCGGCCUGAGCUGCUGUCCCUCGACCUGCCCCGCUACGACCCGGCGCGCGCCCGCCCCGUGGACCUCGCCGUGGUGGGCGGCGGGCCCGCGGGCCUCGCCGUGGCGCAGCGCGUGGCGGAGGCGGGCCUGUCGGUGUGCGCCAUCGACCCGUCCCCCGCGGUGGUGUGGCCCAACAACUACGGCGUGUGGGUGGACGAGUUCGAGGCCAUGGGCCUCUCCCACUGCCUCGACACCGUCUGGCCCUCCGCCUCCGUCUUCAUCGGCGACGGCCGCGCCAAGUCGCUCGACCGCCGCUACGCCCGCGUCGCGCGCCGCAAGCUCAAGUCCGCCAUGAUGGACCGCUGCGUCGCCAACGGCGUCGUCUUCCACCAGGCCAAGGUCGCCAAGGCCGUCCACUACGACGCCUCCUCCCUCCUCAUCUGCGACGACGGCGUCGCCGUCCCGGCCAGCGUCGUGCUCGACGCCACGGGCUUCUCGCGCUGCCUCGUGCAGUACGACAAGCCGUACAACCCGGGGUACCAGGUCGCCUAUGGCAUCCUCGCCGAGGUGGACGCCCACCCGUUCGACAUCGACAAGAUGCUCUUCAUGGACUGGCGCGACUCCCACCUCCCCGAAGGGUCGGAGAUCAGGGAGCGCAACCGCCGCAUCCCCACCUUCCUCUACGCCAUGCCUUUCUCCCCCACCAGGAUCUUCCUCGAGGAGACGUCCCUGGUCGCGCGCCCGGGGCUCGCCAUGGACGACAUCCAGGAGCGCAUGGCCGCGCGCCUCAGGCACCUGGGGAUACGCGUCCGGAGCGUCGAGGAGGACGAGCGCUGCGUCAUCCCCAUGGGAGGGCCGCUGCCCGUCCUGCCGCAGAGGGUGGUCGGCAUCGGCGGCACGGCCGGGAUGGUGCACCCGUCCACUGGGUACAUGGUGGCGCGCACGCUUGCCACCGCGCCCAUCGUGGCGGACGCCAUCGUGAGGUUCCUCGACACCGGCAGCGGCAUGGGCGGCCUGGCAGGGGACGCGCUCUCCGCAGAGGUGUGGAAGCAGCUGUGGCCCGCCAACAGGCGGCGGCAGAGGGAGUUCUUCUGCUUCGGCAUGGACGUCCUGCUCAAGCUGGACCUCGAGGGAACGCGCCGGUUCUUUGACGCCUUCUUCGACCUGGAGCCGCACUAUUGGCACGGUUUCCUGUCAUCCAGACUGUUCCUGCCGGAGCUCUUGAUGUUCGGCCUCACACUGUUCGGGAACGCCUCCAACACGUCGAGACUGGAGAUCAUGGCCAAGGGCACCGUGCCUCUUGGCAAGAUGAUUGGCAACUUGAUACAGGACAGAGAUGGGUGA